GGAGUUUAUAGAGGCAGCAGCCGUGGAAAAUGAAGAUCUACUCUGUGGUGUUUGCUCUCCUGACUCAAGCACUUUUUGGAGAUCUGUGUUUGGCCAUCAACGUCACCAUCAUCCCAUCCCCCUUCAUAGUGACCCAGGAGGGUCAAAACAUCACUCUCUCCUGUGUUGUGUCCCAGCGGCGUAGAAAUGCUGCUUUACCUGUAGUGAAAUGGACCUUCCUACCAGCGGGCACAGAGCGGUCGGAAGACGAACUCCUAAUUGCUCGCGUCAACAUGAGGAAAGCCCGAUUCUACGGCAACUACACCAAAAGCUUCCCAUGGCCCAAACUGAAGCUGACGGUGGUGAAGCAGGGGAAGAUCUUUGACCUGCUGAUCUUGAACGUUUCUGAGGGGGACCAGGGGCUCUACAUGUGCCGGGUGCAGGAGUUUAAAAAGCACCAGGACCGCUGGAAGGCCUCAUCCAACUGCACGGCUGCUACAGAGCUAAGAGUGCAUGUUCUACCGAUCACCAAGGCCAAAGAAAGCCUGUGGAGCUUGUUUGAAGAUGUGUACCUGUGUGCGGUGCUGAUCUGCUCAGUGGGCCUGCUGUGCAUGUGCAUGUUCACAGUGACGGUGACCUGCCAGUUCAUACAGAGGAAGCAGAGGUUAAAAGAUAACUAUCAUCUGGUCAAAAGCCAACAAAACAGCUCUGGAGAGACAGUGACCAGUGUCGUCAGCAUGUCUCCAGCUCUGCCUGAAAAGUCGAGGAGGUACAGGAAGAAAAGGAGAAGAGACCAUCAGGAGGAUUUACCACCUGAGAUACCAGCCAAAGUUCCCAUUGGAGACAAAAGGAGACCCAAACUUCUAAAACCACAGCCACGGAAAGUAGUGUUGCCAAAGAUAGUGGAGGAGAAUCUGACCUACGCAGAGUUGGAUCUGGUGAGGCCGAUUCCAGAAACCAAGGCGUCACGUAGCGGCACAGUGUACGCUCAGAUACAGUUUGGGGAGCUACAGCUAUGAGACAAACAAACACACACACACACACACACACGUCUAUUUAUAGUCUAUUUUGUACUGAAAUAGUUUGUGAAGGUUCAAGAACUUCUCAAAAGUAUGACAAAAUUGUAAAUAUGAUUUUAUACGAACUCUGAUAUAGUUUUCUUUUAUGAGACCACGAUGCAAAAGAGAAGUAUUUUGUAUGCUGAUAUUUCUCACUUGCAUGCAUGUUUGAAUCCUGUGAGAACACAUUAGAAGACUACCAUGCUGAAUGAGUCCAUCAUCACAAUUUGAUUGGAGACUGGAGGCUAGUCAGAGCCUCAAUCCCGAUCAUGUAAAACGCUUCAGUCAAUAAUUGCAACGUGAUAUCUGCAGUUUAAGAUUCCUGUGGUGUUUUGAAUGUCGAGUUUACUCUGGGGUCAGGUGAUAAGGGUGUUGAUACCACGCUAAUGUCUGUGCAUUUAGUCUGGCACUAGGACCAGAAGGUAAUUAGCUUGAAAGGGAAGCAGGGGAACACAACCAGCCAGCCUGUAGCUAAAACUCAACAAGGCUAGUGUAUUAUAGAUUUUUGACAAAAGGCCCCUGUCAACAAAAAAGUAAAUGAAUAAGUACCUGUGCAACCACAACCCAUUUUUUUAAGGUUUUAGUUUGGUCUUUUAUCUGUACGUGUACAGAUAAAGCAGACAAGAUACAAAGUGUUACUUACAUAGUUACAUUGGUCGUUGUUUUUUUAAACUAAAGGGAUACCAGGCUGUUUUUCCCUGCUUCUCGCACUUUCCUAAGCUAAGCUAAUUUAGCUUCAUACUUGCAUGAGAGAGGCAUCGAUCUUCUCAACCAAACUAUUACCCAGACCGUCAAACUAUUCCUUUAAAAUAAUAAAUGAUGUUAUUUUAACUAAAAUACACUAAGGCUCUAUGAUAGCAACAAACUGUCAUUUUGUUUGACUCAUUGACUGUAUGUAAAGAUGGAUGACACGUCUACGCAUCCUACCAAUAUUCAGAAAUAUUGAAAUAUCCCAGAUCUGAAUGCUGCCAUCUCCGUAUUUGGAGCUAGCAUCUGCAAAAUGGCGAAAACGUGGACCCGUGGAUACAAGAAAUCGACCAAUGAUGAGUCAGUCUUGUGGCGUUUUACCCAUUUUUAUGAUUAAUUAAAUCCGACCUACUGGAAAAGUGAGAACCUGAGUAUAUGGCAGUGUGAUGAAAACUUCCUACAAUGAGAGAAACAUUCUUUUUGACAUGUUAGUUUGGUCCAUGUCCCAUCCAAGAACAUGGAGGAGGCUGAAUUCAUGACCUAUAUUGCAGGGCGCCACAAGGUUCAGAUCAAGAUGUUUGGCUUCACUUUUGUGGAGCAGUCAUGUCAUUCAUCUUUAUAUACAGUCCAUGGUUGCACUUCAUGUAGUGACAUAGUUAUAUCCUGGUCACUUUGAGAUCUUUUGUCUCAUUUAUUUUACAAAAUAAAUUAGAGACAUCCAUUGUUAUGAAUGUAGACCACUGCAUUUUCAAAUGUGAUUUGCUUCUACUGUGUUUCCAGCAUUAUCUGUCGCACAACAUCUGUGUUCAUUCUGUUUUUGUGUGUCAGGCGGCAGUUUAUAAUGACCACAACUCCACAGAGUUGAUAUUAAAGUAGCGAUUAGCCUUCGACCUCUGCCUCACAGGCAAGUAUGUGAGACCCUUUCAUCUGGUGCCAAAAUCAACUUAACAGGCUGUUAGCGACAAACGUAUGUUUACACACAUGCAAGGGUGGAGUUGCAUGUAGGAAAACUUGUAGACUUACACAAAAAGGCACAUACUGUAAAUCCAAAAAAACUGUUGUGACUGGUAACAGGGACAAACUGAGACCUGUGUUUGGACUAUUUUGCAUAAAUGCAAGUCACAUUUAAGGUGAUUUUGUUGUUUGACUUUAGAUAAGAGGCCAAAUUGGCUGUAAUCUCACAUACCUUUGCUACAGUCUGGUUGCUUUCUCACUUUCCAUGUUGAAGUGCAUAGGAGUCUUUUUCCAUUUAAUGAUCCUCUGGAUUCAUGCACGGAGGAAGCAAAGGAAAGUGAACUUGAAACCCAGACUCAAAGGCACCAGAUUCCAGCCUCCCCAAAGACUUCCACUAUCUUAUAUGAAGUUAUUCGUGCAGAUGGAGAAGAAGUUGCACUUUCUUUGUAAUGCUUGAAUAAGUCUCCAGACUCCAACUCUUUUGACCUGUUUUCAAACCAGCUAUUAAUCUGGUAACUGCUAGUAUGCAGUCAUUCCUCUAUCAAACUUAAAAGAACACUUGAUUGCCAUAUUAGCUGAAAUGAAAUUUUAGAUAAAAAUAAUAAGUGUGAAGCACAAAAGUUGAUGGAGCAUCCUGACACAGAUAGGUUAGGUUACAGUUUUCGUUUUUUGACAUGGUGUCGAUUGGGUUGGUACCAACGGAGAGUUCCAUUAACGUUAAAUAAUUAAGGCCAAGCAAGCUCAUUGGUUGGACAACUUGUCCAUUGUCCAAUUUGGUUGAACUGAAGCAUCCCUACCAACCAAUCAACUGUUAAACUGGGAUAACAGCCCCAAUGUGCUUGGACUUUUCUUUUUUCUCCUAACUUUAUAUUAUGUUACUUUGCAAACCACUGCUGACCCCUGCAUUUUUUGAUUUUCCAUUGUUCUCUUCUGUUCAGUUGCACAGUGUUUAUUAUCCCUGUAUAAAAUGACUGAAACUGACCUUUCAGUGGUGGGUAGAAGUGUCUUAAAAAUGCCCUUAAACUGUGAAAUGUAAAGUUUCUUCCAGACCACAUUGUCCUUAAUGGGAGUUCACUAACUAGAACCAUGUGUAUAUGAAUGGUGCCUCUCUGCUCUCCCUCUCUCUGUUCCCCUCUUUCUCUCUGCCCACCACUGACCUCUGAAUUCAUCUACAUUCCAGUGUUUUGGCUCUUGUCCAUUUUGUACAUUUCAGAUGUGUUUGUAUCAGCAAAUGAAAUAAAUAUG